AGAGGGUCAACCGUCUGACAGCAUGAAGGACGCUAACACAGUCAAGGAAAAGAUGGACUUCCCCCGCCAGGCGCUUUUGGAGAAUUAUGUGGACUCUUUUCUUCAGGUUUGGACUGAAGUUGGACCGUGCCGUGAUGAGAGGCUUCUUGGGAGGGCGGCUCAUUAUCUCCAGAGAGAACCGGACCUGAGAGGGAUUUUCACACUCUUCCCCUUCAACCAGUGCGUACAGAGGAGGUGUCAAGACCCGAGUCUGAACUUUAAGAAAGCGCUGCCUGCUCUCAUCAAAGCUUCAGAAUUAUUAGAGACUCUGUGUGUCAAUAUUUUCCUUCAACCAUGGAAAAAAGAAAUCAAGACAUUAAAGGUAAAGCAAUGUUUUUCUUUCUUUCUUUCUUUCUUUCUUUCUUCACACAAGUUAACUUUUACUACCAAUAAUAAUAAUAAUGAUAAGAAGAAGAACAAUAAUAAAAGUCAGAGGUGUUUCUUUGAAAACUUCUUCAAAUAAUGUGACUAACAUAUCAUCUUCUCAAUCAAAAGCACAAUAAAGCUCAUGUUUUUCCAUAACUUAAGAUACAUUUUGUAUCAGACUGGUGUAGAAAUCAUCCUGUGUAGACAUCAUGUGUACUAGCACAGAUGACUAUGUAGGAAUACAAUAAAAGAACUUUAUUUAUCCCCAAAGGAGAAUUUAUUUAACAGGCUAUUUAGUGGAUGUAGCUGCUGUUUGUUUUUGAACAAUAAAUAAUAUUUAUAAUCCUUUAUUGCACUAUGCUUUCUGUCCAUCUUAUAUUAAUUUAAGUAUGACAUUUGACUUUCCUUUAAUUUGUUUGACAUGAAAUGAAUCAAUUUAAUCUAUUGUGUAGAGGCCCUGAGUUUGUCAUUUUGACAAACCCCCAGUCACAUGACUGAUGACCAUGAUCAGGUAAGAUGGUGGAGCUGGUGAACCCUUUUUACUAGCAGGCAUAAUGACAUUUCAGAAUAACUGAUAUGUAGAAAUGUUCUUGUCUUUAGUCUUUUUUUUUUUCUUUGUGAAGUUAUUAUUUUAAAAAACACAAGGUGGAGUUGUCAUUGUAGGCCAACUGUAGGAGCCAAAAGCUCUCCAGAGAGUGUCUUUGUCACCCAUAAUCGAAGGGUCCGGAGUUAGUUAGGCCUGAGUUUUUUUUCUGUGGACUUAAACAGAAUUUAGGGAAAUUCAGUUUGUACUUGUGAGAAACAGACUGUAAUAUUGUCAUCUACAAGAUUGUCAUUAAAAUCUUUGGUGUGUAGUGAGUUCAUCCAAACUCACUGGUUUGCCUGGUCAUUGCCAUUGAUUUAUGCUGACAACUGUGUUUUUUGUUGUUGUUUUAUGUAUAAUGACCAAAUUGUCAAAAUGAGGUCAUUUUCUCUAAGUGAUGAAGGAAAUGUUUGUGUGUUUUUUCCAGACCUUUACAGGUCCAUUUGUGUACUGCCUCCUGCCAGUUUUCAGCAGUUCUACCAUUCAGUCUGUCCUGGCCUCUAUCGGAUACAAGCCUCAUACUGACACGCCAUCAAGGUAAGGACUGAUGAGAAGAGGAGCAAGGAAAUUUUUUUGAGUCCCCACACCCACUAUAAAUCCUAAAUAUACUGUAUGGAGACUUGAGUCUUCACUGUGUACAGUCUGAAAAAAUGUGACUUCUUCAUGUAUUUCAGUGAGUACAGACUCUGUGACGAUGUUGACACAGACAAAGCCAAGCUGGUGGGCUUUGAGCUAAUGCUGGUGAGGGUGGAGUGCCACCACCUCCUUGAGCUUUAUGACAGGUAUCAGGCAGGACAACAGGUAAGAGCAAAAAACUGUUUUGAUACCUCUGUUAUAAUUAUUUCAAAAAGCAGCUGAAUAAACUAUUGUAAACUGUUUUACUUACUCAAUAAAUCAAUGGAAUUCAGUUUCAUAGUGAACCAGACUCAGCAGUUAUCUAAAUCAGUCUCAGUGCUGUCGCAUACUUAACCAGCGCUCAUGUUUCUUUGUCAGGACUACAUGUUUUGAUAUGUGCCUUUUCCUGAUGAAUGAUCAACUGGUUGUCUGAAAGGAAGACACUUAAAUGGUGCUGGAGUAUUCUUCUGACCAACUUAAGCUUGAUACAUUAUACUCAUCCAUUCACAAAUGAAAUUAUAUUGCACAAACACUGAUGGCCAUGCCUUUGACUACACUUUUGUGCGCUUCUCAAGGACCCUGAGUUGUUAAGUAAAUGAGUUGGGGAUCAUUUUACCCUCUCCCCUGCAGGGUGAUCCAUAAAUGCAUGUACUCCUCUGAAACUUUACCUCAUAUUUGUUUGUUGGGCGUCUUGAUCUCCAUAAUUGACAACAUGUUUAAUAGACACUAAUAAAUAAGUGUCUUUAUAAGGUGAUGUAAGAGCUUCCUUUACAAACGUAACCCAACUGCUGCCCCAUGACAGAAAUAAAUGAAGGUGCUCUAUGCAUAUAAAGCCUAACAGUAGUGGUUCUGCUGUGUUUAAAUGGAAAAGAUAAUGUUACAGACCUGACAGUGGUGAGAAAAAAAAUCACUGAUAUGCAGUGAGCUGAUUCAUGUACCUUGUUUCUGCUUCUAUGAAUUUUACCCCCCAUUUAUCCUUUGCUGCAGAGAUGGCUGGAUAUUCUCCAUGAAAGACUGGGGUUAACAAAACGGGAGGAAUCCACAGACAAGACAACAGCAGGGCAAAAUGAAGAGGAGACCAAGAAGGAAGAGGAAGAAAGAAAAGAGGUAGGGCAGAGUACACAGACUGGUUAACUCCAUGAAGAUGAUAAAGAAAACUUUUCUUCUAACCUGUCUUGACAUAAACAUGUCUUUAUAUUUGCUCCUAUCAAAUGUAUUAAAGAACAUCAAGGUACAAACAGCCUGUCCUGACUGGCUGAAGAUCCAAGUAUCAACCUCAACAAGCCAGCUUCAGUCUACACUAAACUCAGUCCUGUUUUCCUCCAGAUACCUCUGCAGUUGGACAGCGGGUUUGCAGUGAAGCAGCAACCCAAGCCUCUGUCCUGCAAGAUAAACAGUGAAGACCAAUCAAUUAUGGAGAUGCAAAUGACUUACCCUGACCUGGCCUUCAGGGGGCGCCCUCUGCUUCCAGACAAACCCCACCGAGCAAUCAGCAGCAGGAGCAGCGGUAAAGCUGUACAUACAGCAAGUAUUAAUAUUCCUAAUAACAGUAAUGCUGCCGACCUUCCCAGAGGAGAUUUAGGAUCCAAAGCCUCUGCUUCUACUAUCUACAAUCACAGCAAUGUCCACAGAGCUCAUUCUGAUGGUGUCAGAUGCAGUGACUGUAAUGACAGGAACUGUGGUGCGCCUGCUGGUCCAGCCACUGUUAGUAGUGGCCUCUGUAAAACUGAAGUUGACAGAGCAGAUGAUAAGCACGGUCAUUCUCAAGCCCUUAACCACACAACAAGAGCUGGAUCCCCAGCAGAGCAAAGUUCAAAGCCUGGGCAGCACCAGAGCAGAGCAGAGCCUCCUGCCUCGGCACAACAGCAGACUGCAGCAGGUAACUAACACACUUGUCUUGGUUUCAUAACUUGAAGAAAGUGCAGUCUGCAUUAACAAAGCAAAACUCUGAUUCUCACAGACAACAACAGGCAUGCCAACCAACAGCUUCCAUCUCUGAGCCCCACAGACAUGCAGGACCUGAGGGAGCUGGAAGAGAGGAUGGGGCAGCUUCACCUGCAGGAGACUAAAGAGGAAGUGAGAAGAAAACAUGAUGACAUGAGAGGAGGGGAGAAAACUAAUAAAGACCGGAGGAAGAAAGAGAAGAAAACAAGCACAGACGGAAAGGUAGCGGGGCAGACCUUGAAGAUGCCAAUGAUGGAAACAGGUCCAACACUGAGCCAUGCUGCAGGAAAAUGCCCCACAUCCUCUGAGUCUGGUCCGACAGUGAUGAAAGCACAGACGUCGCCAUCACAGCCUACCCUCAGUACAGCAGAUCAGAGCUAUCAAGUCUUGGGCCAAGGGCAGCAGGUGGGAGAGGAUCAUGAGAGUACAGAAACAGGCCGAGGAGACGAGGAGCAACUGGCAAAGAGCUACGUUUUCAUCGAGCAUCACAAGAAGUAACAUGCCAUGUUUACCUCCCACUCCUAUCAAAAAUACUGACACACACACUGUAGGUGCCAUUUAACUAUGAAAUCUUUGUUCUGUAUUCUUGGAGUCCAUCAUUUGCUGAAGUACAGAGAAAAGUACAUUGUGUUUGGUUUCGGAGAUGUUAAGUCUUUGCUGAUUUGUUUCCUGUAUUUGAAGUCUGUUUGUUGCCUUACUUAACAGCUCCCAUAGUCAUGUGAUGAAGGCUCAGGAAGUGAAGUGUAUUUUAUUGAAGUUUUUGUUUUGUUGUUUUCAAUAAAUGAGUGCUGCAGAGUGUCAUGGUUGUUUAACCGUAUGCCGUAGGCCAUCAAGCAGAUUCAACGAGUAAAACAUUCUUGUCAUCUUUCAAGAGUAGUUAUCAAAACAAGUACGUUUAGAAAUGCAACACCUGAGAAAAAUAAGAUGUUAGAUGCCCCCCCCCCCCUUUCCCCGCCCCCCUAAAUUGGCAGAGCAUAUUUAAAGCACCUGUAGCAGGAGAGCUGCCCUUUUCUUCUGUCUGUGCCUGGUGGCUGCCACAUGGUCUGAAGUUAGGUAGGUAAUGUGGCCUUGAUCAAUUUGGUCUACAAUUUAUCUUGUAUCAUGACCCUUUAAUCAGGAGCUAAACUGUGUUAUUAUAGUUAACUUAAGCCUUAAUAGUUUCGACCAACUGGUUUUAUGUCCUUUUUAACUAUUU